CUAUGGGGACCGAGGCACAUGUAAAUGCCCAGCUCCUUCAGUCAACCUCACACACCCCUACACACUCCCACACACACACACGCACGCACGCACGCACGCACGAGCGCUGACUUCUCUUUGCGCAACAACACCUGCACAAGCCGCAGCAAGGUUGAACAGUGCAUGAGGGAGGUGGUGCAGCAGAAGGCUCUGGGAUUCAGCUAGACUUCACAGCAUGGAGAAGUAUGAGAAGAUUGCAAAGAUCGGAGAAGGUUCGUAUGGAGUCGUGUUCAAAUGUAGAAAUAAAGACACGGGGCAGAUCGUCGCCAUUAAAAAGUUUGUGGAGUCGGAGGAUGACCCGGUUAUUAAAAGAAUUGCGCUCAGGGAGAUCCGGAUGCUCAAGCAACUGAAGCACUGCAACCUGGUCAACCUGAUUGAGGUCUUCAGGAGGAAGAGAAAACUGCAUCUAGUGUUUGAAUACUGCGAUCAUACGGUGCUCAACGAGCUCGAUAGAUAUCCUCGAGGAGUUCCAGAGCCUCUGGUUAAAAGCAUAACCUGGCAAACGCUACAAGCUGUUAACUUCUGCCACAAACAAAAUUGUAUCCACAGAGAUGUGAAGCCAGAGAAUAUACUCAUCACCAAACACCAGGUCAUAAAGCUCUGUGACUUUGGAUUUGCCAGGAUCCUCACGGGGCCAUGUGAUUAUUACACUGACUACGUGGCCACUCGGUGGUAUCGGGCUCCGGAGCUACUGGUAGGAGACACUCAGUACGGUCCUCCGGUUGACGUGUGGGCAGUGGGCUGUGUGUUCGCUGAGCUGCUCUCUGGUGCUCCUCUGUGGCCAGGAAAAUCUGAUGUAGAUCAACUUUAUCUCAUCAGGAAAACAUUAGGUGAUUUGAUCCCCAGACACCAGCAGGUGUUCAGCAGUAACCAGUUCUUCAGCGGCGUGUGUGUUCCUGAACCACAAGAAAUGGAGCCUCUGGAGCAAAAGUAUCCUAACAUCUCUUUCCAGGCUUUAAGUCUAAUGAAGGGUUGUCUGUGUAUGGAUCCUGCAGAGAGGUUAACCUGUGAGCAGCUGCUGGAGCAUCCAUAUUUUGACAGUCAGCGGGAGGAGACAGAAAGUGUGACGCGAGAACAUGACAGAGCGAAAAGACGAGCACGUCAACCUCGUAAACACCUCCCCCCUGGGUAUCUACCCCAGCUGACCGGCAGCAGUAUCUUCCCAGCGGUGGACAACAGGAAAUAUUACAACAACAUGCGUAAAUUCAACUACCAUUUCCCCAACAUCUAGUUCUUCAUGCUGGAACACCAUGAAUCUGCCCCAACACACAUUCAAACACUUUAUUUUUCUAUUUCGCUUUCACAUGUACUCACCUACAGUACCUUGCGUCUUGCUCAGGAACAGAAGCCACUGAGACUUCUGUACUGUGUGUGAUUGACAAAGAGCCCUGCUCUGCAUAUACACACACUGAUGUGAGUGUGACACUGCCUUUCUGAUUGCCAAAGUGCUGCGUGACGUGACACAGAGAGAACAGACUGACUGUCUCAUAUACGCAGUAACACUAAUGACGACCAUUGUUUAGUCAGAGGAUAACAGAGCUAUAGUUAUUUAGCAUAAAACCAAGUGCAGAAAUCAAACAAUUCCUUUAUGAUUGUGGAUUUCUUUGGUAUUCUGUCUCUGUAUUGUUUAUCUCAGACCAGCUAACGUCCUGUGACAGACAGAGGAAUAAAUAAAAUCAUUCCGUCUACUAAUAUUAUUAUUCUAGCUCCAUGUCCUACGUGUUGAUUUUGAAGUGAACUGCAUUUAUGAAUUACAUGAUUUAAAAAAAAGAAUGUAUAACUUGUGAUGGCUUUUAUUAAACAUUUAAAACAUUUAACAACAUUAUUGUUGCCUUGACAAGUGGUGCUAAUGAUCUUUUGGCCAUUGACUUGCACCCAAUGCCAAACUGCUAAAGACACAAGCCCACUCCCCAGUCCUCACUCACCUUCUUCACUUCAACACACUCUCUUUCCCUCUAAAGACAUUUACCUAUGCUGGUUUUCCAAUAAGACAGACUCAACAGGGGAGGAAAUAUGGGAACACGAAUUUUUUGCUCUUUUUUUAUGUGAUUUAAUAAAGAGCUUUCAGCAAUGAAA